AUGAGCGCCCGACAGCUCCCGGUGGUGAUCGACAACGGCUCGGGGUUGCUCCAGACGGGCCUGGCCGGCAGCCGGGAGCCCCAGUUUGUGUGCCCGAACAUUGUAGGCCGCACCAGGGGCCAGGGCACCGAGGCCCCGGGCGCACAAGAACUGUUCGUGGGCGACCAGGCGCAAGACGGGCCCGGCUCGCUGUCCAUCAGCUACCCAGUGGAACGUGGUCUCAUCACUUCCUGGGGAGACAUGGAGACGGUGUGGAAGCACGUCUAUGACCGUAACCUGAAGCUGAAGCCCUCUGAUGGCCCGGUCUUGAUCACAGAGCCAGCACUGAACCCACUGGUCAACAGGCAAAAGACCAGCGAGGUGUUUUUUGAGCACCUGGGCGUUCCUGCCUUCUUUAUGUCCAUCCAAGGCGUCCUGGCACUGUUCGCUUCAGGCUUCACAACUGGCUUUGUGCUGAAUUCGGGUGCCGGGGUGACCCAGUGUAUACCUAUCUUUGAUGGUUACUGUCUGCCUCAUGGUGUCCAGCAGCUAAACCUGGCAGGUCUUGACCUCACCAAAUACCUCAUGACAUUGUUGAAGGACCGUGGUAUUGCGCUGUUCCGUGCUACCGACAAAAAGAUUGUCGAGGACAUCAAGGAAACCUGGUGUUAUGUGGCAACGAACUAUGAGGAGGCAAUGGCCCAGAAACCCGAGUGUCUGGAGAAAACGUACCAGCUGCCUGAUGGGAAGACCAUCCAGCUCUGUAAGGAGCUCUUCGCUUGUCCAGAAGCCCUCUUCACUCCGCGUCUCCUGAACCUCGCCGCCCCCGGCAUUGAUAAGAUGUGCUUCAACAGCAUAAUGAAGUGUGAUACCGAUCUGAGGAAUUCCUUCUUCUCCAAUAUUGUUCUUGCGGGGGGAUCAACAUCUUUCCUGGGGUUAGAGAAGCGGCUAGUCCAGGAUAUAGCCAAGUUGGCGCCUGCCAAUACUCCUGUGCAGGUUACAGCUCUCCCUGAAAGGAAGAGGUCUGUGUGGAUGGGGGGUUCCAUUCUUGCAUCCCUGUCUGCUUUCCAUGACAUGUGGAUCACUGCUGCAGAAUAUAAGGAGGUCGGACCCAACGUAGUGCACCGGAGAUGCUUCUGAAACACAGUUAAAAUGGUUAAAAAGCACAAACAUUUGGGGUA